CCGGCUUAUGAAUUGCAUAGAGGAGAUGCUAAAAUCCUUGAAAGUGGAGACUCUGGUGCUUUCUGCAAUUCCCAGUUUAGUGGAGACAUGGACUGUGAGGUUCGGCUUUGAACCCUUUGAAGAGAAUGAUAAAAGAAGCUUGAGCGAUAUAAAUAUGAUGGUGUUUCCUGGAAGCAUGUGGUUAAAGAAGCCACUGUAUGUAACAAGCUCCCAAAACGGGCAAGCGUAAAGGAUCAAAAGCUUGCUCUUGAGUGUCUUCUAAUUGUACAAAUGCUGAAAUUGAACUAAAGAAUGUGAUGGAGAGAGCUUGCAAAUUAAACCAGAAGCUGGGGAGAAUCUUCUGUUGGUGAAAGACGAAAGUUAUGGCUGCCCCAUCCAUGUUGAAUGACCAAAUCACUCAUUGGUGAACUUCUCAUAGGCUGUAAAUAUGUAAUAUCAGGGUCGAAUGGAGCAAGCAAAGUAGAAAAAUCCCCAACAUUCUCUGAAAGUAUUACUGGACGAGGCAUGCUCCUACGACUCCAUUCAAGUGGGCUGCUGAAAUCCUUGUUUACAUACAGGCUGUGUAAGUUGGUAUUUAUAUCAAUUACUUUAGUCUGGGCAGUUUUAUGUAUUAGAGAAUCUGCAUAUGUUAUGUUAAUGCAUUUUGUGAUAAUUUUAAUUGUUACCCCAUUCACAAUAAGCCUUGGUUUAAUCCCACUUAUUAUAAUUUAUGUCAUUUUAUGUGAUAGAAAGACAACUAUGAGAAACAAUAAUCCACUUAAAUCAAAAUUAAAAUUGAUUAAAAGUGAUGAAAAUUUUAUUGCGGUUGUUUCUCAAAACUGUAAAAUAAAUGAUGUGAAUGAAUGGAUGGUAGACUCCGGGGCUACCAAGCACAUUUGUAAAAACAAAAGUGUUUUUACCUCCUUUAGUACUACUAUGGGAGAUGACGAAGAGCUCGUGUACCUAGCGGACUCAAAAACCGCAAAGGUGCACGGUAAAGGGAAAGUUCUUCUUAAACUCACAUCGGGGAAAUCUUUAUCACUAAAUGAUGUACUUUAUGUGCCUGAGAUUCAGACUAAUUUAGUUUCUGUUUCUCUCUUGGUAAAAGUCGGGAUUAAAGUUUCUUUUGAUUGUAACAAAAUUGUUAUGACCAAAAAUGAUGUUUUUGUGGGCAAAGGCUAUUGUAAGAAUGGAUGUUAUGUGCUUAGUGUUCGGAAAUUAAUGCGUGAAAAUGCUUCUGCUUAUUUAAUUGAUUCAUAUGAUAUGUGGCAUGCUAGAUUAGGACAUGUGAGUGAUUCUUAUAUUAAAUUGUUGAAUGAUUGUGGUUUGAUUUCUAGUGGAAAGAAAUUGUCACUAGAAAAAUGUGAUAUUUGUGUUGAAUCAAAACAAACCAAAAAAUCAUGUCCUACCACACAUAGGGAAUCAGAACUGCUUGAGUUAAUUCACACGGAUUUGAGUGAUUUAAAAAAUACCAUGACCAGAGGUGGUAAUAAAUUUUAUGUCACCUUUAUUGAUGAUUUUUCGAGAUACACUAAAGUUUAUUUGCUUAAAAGUAAAGAUGAGGCUUUUGAUAAAUUUUUAGUGUAUAAAUCCGAGGUGGAAAAUCAAUUGAAUAAGAAGAUUAAGAGAGUGAGAUCGGAUAGAGGGGGCGAAUAUAUUUUAAUAAAUGAUUUUUGUGAGAGGGAAGGGAUUAUUCAUGAGAUAACUCCUCCAUAUUCGCCCGAAUCAAAUGGAAUAGCUGAAAGAAAAAAUAGGACAUUAAAAGAAAUGAUGAAUGCUCUUUUAAUUAGUUCUGGUGCUCCUGAUAAUCUGUGGGGGGAGGCUAUUCUUUCUGCUUGUCACUUACAAAAUAGAAUUCCUUAUAAGCACAAUAAGAGAACACCCUAUGAAUUGUGGAAAGGUUAUGUGCCUAAUUUGAAAUAUUUGAAAGUGUGGGGGUGUUUGGCUAAAGUCUUAUUGCCUGAUCCUAAGAAGAGGAAAAUUGGUUCUAAGACAUCUGAUUGCAUAUUUAUUGGUUAUGCUGAAUGUAGUGCUGCUUAUAGAUUUCUUGUUUUGAAAAGUGAUAUGCUUAGUUGCAAUACUAUUAUUGAAACAAAAAAUGCUGAAUUUUUUGAGAGUGUGUUUCCUUUAAAGCCAGAAUACAAGACCGUUGUGCCAUAUCGUGAAAGUGAGCCGUUAAAAGAAAAUAAUACUUUUAAUGAUGAACCCUUUAAUUUGAGAAGAAGUAAGAGGCCAAGGAUAGAAAAAUCUUUUGGAAAUGAUUUUUAUACAUAUCUUGUUAAUGAUGAACCUUUUACUUAUUCACAAGCUAUUUCAUCAAAAGAGGCUCCUUUUUGGCUUGAGGCAAUUCAAAAUGAAAUUGAAUCUAUUCAGAAAAAUAAAACUUGGAUUUUAACUGAUUUGCCUAAAGGGUGCAAACCAAUCGGAUGUAAAUGGAUUUUUAAAAAGAAAUUUAAUCCGGAUGGUUCAAUUGACAAAUAUAAGGCGAGGCUUGUGGCAAAAGGUUUUUCUCAAAAACAAGAUGUUGAUUAUUUUAAUACGGAGCAAGUAACCCUUCAAAAAGGAUACGCAGACUUUGUCUUCUUCGAGAGAAAGAAAAGAAAAACUACUCUGUUGAAAAUGUUUUCUUUACUAAGCUUGUGCUGGAUUAUUGUAAUUAUUUCCCUCGUAGUUCUGGUUCCGACUUAUUGUCGAAGGGCUCGUUAUAUCCUCGGGGAAGAUUUCUGUUCACCGGAAAUACUUUCAGAGGACAGCGUUUACGCGUCUCGAGCCAUGGUGGGUUUUGCUAAUUUUCUUUGCAGGUGUUUCUCAAAAGUUGUUGCCUUGCUGGUCUGGUCUAGAAGAGGUGUUUCAGCAGCUUCUUCCGUGAACAAUGGUGAUCAAACCUGUUGCCCAGAGAGUAGAGAUGAGGACAACACUCAGUCACCCAAAACCGGGCUGUUAGGAGCAAGCAAAGUAGAAAAAUCCCCAACAGGAAGAACAUCAAUGAUAUGAUAAAUUGAGGGCCUACCGCCUAUCGCUGGCUAUCGGGCUUUUCCGGCAUACAGGGCGGAGGAUCUAGGAGGGAAGGAAGGGUAUAUACUACAGCGGGAAGGUGCCAGCCGUAUAGCGGGCAUGAAUGAGCAUUGAAUUCACGCAUUUUUUAAUAUACUUGAGAUGGUAGGGUAUUCUGAGCAUUGAAUCAAUUGAAUCAAUCUUUUGAGUAUCUUUUGAGUAUUAGGAGCUUAACGAGUUAACUGUGAGCAUGAAUGAUAUCUGCUUCGUUCCUUGUAUAUGA